CGAGUUUGCGGCUGCUGCGACGGCUGCCGUUACUGCUUCUGCUGCCUGGGCUUGCUUUCCAGUCAGUCCUGCUGCUGAGGCCUGGAGCGCCGCCAUCGGGGGACUGGGGACGCCCUGUGAACCCACCCCUAUUUCCCUGGGCGGGGAGGGAUAGAGAGCGCCAAGGUGGACCGCGCGGGGAACCCUCUGCUGACAGGGGGACAGUGAGGGAGGAGAAUAUGAGAGCCUGAGCCAUCCAUCACUGCCGGCAGCAGGAUCAACAGGACAGGUUUGGGGGGUCUCAGGAAAGAAAUUGGGGUGCAAGCAAUCGCUAAGGAACGUUGGACGGGGACCCUGGGGAGCGCAGAAACGCAUGGGGAAAGUACAGGAGGCAGGCUAAUUUGGGGAGUACCAGGGAGAAAGUGGGGUGCAACACUUUGGAGUAGCUAGCUGGAGGUCAAAUAGCUAGAAGACUGCACCGAGACUCCCCGAUAACAUUUUGUGGGAUACCUAGAGUGAAGUUAAAGAUUCAUUGUUUUGGGGUGACAGGAUGUAAGAAGGGAUCUUCCAUACCCACUGCACCUUGAUAACCCCUAAGUUGCUGGAGCUAGAAGGGCAUAUAUGGAAGCGCCAGGGAAGAAGUAGAGGUAAGGAUAAGUUUAGAGGAUACCUGGUCACUAGAAACUAGGGCCUCUAGGGAUUUGAGGAGGUAGAGUGUUGACUUGCUGAAAAGAGGAGGCAUAAGCCAAGUUUAUGGUUGAUUUGGAAAGAAGUUCAGGACCCUGGCAAAUGGAACGUCCCAGGAGUUCUGGGAUAUAGGUUUUGAGAAGGAUGGAAAGAGGUAGGAGAUACAUUCCAAUCUGGGGACUAAAGGGUGGCAAAGAAGACCCCAAUUCCCUUUAACCUUCUCACAGCUGCUGCACCAAGUGUUGCUGCGGUGGGUGAUUUGGAGAUGUAGCCCUGUUUCCUUCUCACCCUUUUAGAUUUCUUGAGCUGACAGGGAGGAGUUGUGAGAUUCAUUUCUGUCAUCUCCCACAGCCAGUUAGGGUCUACAAAGUCUGGUCAGCCGAGAUUAUAUGGAGAGGUGCAGAAAAACGGGAGCCUUGGAGUUACAUCGAUUUAGGGCCAGGACAGUGAAGGAAAGGAGAGAAAAUUUGGGGCUACGAGGAAGGGAAACCCAGAGAAUUGGCGGCAAGAGCUGGGGAUUCACAAAGCUUGAACCAAGUAAGAGUUGAAGGAUUCCCAUCAAGUUUAGGGGUGACAGGGGGAGAGGGCAGUUGAAGGGACCCUUUUGAAGUACUUAGGGGGGAGGGUUUAAUUGGGAUACUACUUCACGGUGAAGAAUCCAGGAACACAAAGGAGAGUAUCUGGGAUAAAUUUGGGGGUACCACCCUAUUUGAGAGAUUGGAGGGUGCCUUCCUGGAUGAAGGGAAGGAUUUAGCUUUCAUCCUUGAACUAUCUGCCAGUUUGCAGUGUUUUUCAAUUGGGGGUGGGGGGCAUUCUGGGAGCCAGAUUGAGAUUGAGGAUUGUGUCCUAUUGAGGUGCCUCCAUACAACUUGGGUUGUAUACCUCCGUUGUGAGAGUGGCGGAGUUAGGGGACGUCGUAGGGAAAUUCGACUGUCCCCUAAAGGGAGGGAAGGUGGUUGGAGAUGGCGGCGCUGGCCAGCAGCCUGAUCAGGCAGAAGAGAGAGGUUCGAGACCCUGGGACGAGCCGACCGGUGUCAGCCCAACGGCGAGUGUGCCCGAGGGGUACUAAGUCCUUGUGUCAGAAGCAGAUACUGAUUCUGCUCUCCAAGGUCCGCCUGUGUGGGGGGCGACGGACACGGCCGGACAGGGCCCCCGAGCCCCAGCUCAAAGGCAUCAUCACAAAGCUUUUCUGCCGUCAGGGUUUCUAUCUCCAGGCCAAUCCAGAUGGGAGCAUCAAUGGCACACAAGAGGAUACCAGCUCCUUCACUCAGUUUAACUUGAUCCCUGUGGGUCUCCGUGUGGUCACUAUCCAGAGCACCAAGCUGGGGCACUAUGUAGCCAUGAAUGCAGAGGGGCUACUCUACAGCUCGCCACACUUUACAGCAGAGUGUCGCUUUAAGGAGUGCGUCUUUGAGAAUUAUUAUGUCCUUUACGCCUCUGCCCUCUACCGCCAGCGUCGUUCAGGCCGAGCCUGGUAUUUGGGUUUGGACAAGGAGGGCCAUGUCAUGAAGGGAAAUAGAGUCAAGAAGACGAAAGCAGCUGCCCAUUUUGUGCCUAAGCUCCUCGAAGUGGCCAUGUACCGGGAGCCUUCCCUGCACAACGUACCUGAAACAUCUCCUACGAAUGACAAGCCUCCAGCCUCUUUGCCCCCUAAAACAUAAUCCUGUUGUCUGGGAGUGUCCUUCAAGUCUUUCAUCAAGACAGCCAUACAGAUCCCAGACUGAGCCAGUCAUUCUGGUCUCUCAUCUUGUUCCAUUCCUUCCUUGCCACUCCCCUGCCACAAGCCAUAAAUUCCUGACUUAGAAUAUUUCUUUUGACCUUCCUUGGGCAAUUUAGGAGGACUACAAAAGUGGUAGCCAUUACAACAAUUACCCAAAAGAUUAAGGGUGGUCUGUGACUCUUGGGCUAUUGCUGCAAAACCUAAAUCCUAGUAAGAUCUGCUCUUUGGUAAUUUUCUAUAUUAAAGGACCCUUACAGGGGAUCUGGAAACAUUGCUAUAUACCAUUAAGGGGGCUGUCUAAUCACUGUAUUUUUUCCUUUUCUGCACAAGCUCUCAGAAAAUUUCCUGAGAGACAAAGCUGUAGGUUCUAAAUAAGGAUAGACAAAGCCUGGUUUCUAGGUUCCUUUGCCAUUCUUCUACCUAACCACAAAGCCAUGGUCAACUAGAGAACAGCCCCUUCUCUUUUGCUUAAACCCCUCAGCCUUCUGACUGUUCUGUUCUGUUCUGUCCUGUCCUGUUCUGAAAUCUGGAUCCUACCCAGAGUCAAUUUGGCAUCAAAAUCUUCUGUAUUAUAGUAGAGUCAUAUUGCUAACUUCUGUUCUGGGUCAUUGAAGACUAAUGUUGAUCAAGAUGGAUUCUUGAUCUAGAUAUGGAAAAAAACCACAUCUAGAGCACAGCACAGACAUUGUCUUGGUCUACACUGAGCCCAAUUGUAGACUACCACUGUCCUAACCUCUGCCCUGGAAGGACCCGGGUUCUAGAAUCUGUUAUAAUGGCUUGUGGUUCUACCUGUAGUUGAAAUCAUUCCCUCUCCCUGGAUGGAGCUGGAGUCUGAAUAACCACAUGCUUUCGCUAGAAGAUGUUCUAAACAAUGGAUCACACUUCUUCCAUGAAUGCUAUUUGUGGUCCAGAGAGAGAAUUACAUUAUAUAUGGACCAAAACCCACCUCCUAUUUUGUCUGUAGAAAGUUUUCUAAAAAAUCUUAUUCUUCCAUAUAGAAAAAAAAUCCAUCUUCUUUUUAAAUGGACUUUCUAAAGCUUAGAAUUCAAUCUCUCCCUAAACAUGGGUACUUGCAGGGCAAUAGGCGGGGGAGUCUAGGGGUAGGGGGAAGGAAAGAAAAAUCAUGUUUAAUGAAAUUUCAGGGUGAAGGCACUGAGACCCAGAGUACUGUGGGUGGAGGAGGGAGGAAAACAUCUGCGGUUGGGGUGGGGAGGUGGGGGCUAUGGGAAUAAUUCCUGAAUUAUAUGGAAAUAUGAAUACUUAGCUACCUCACCAGGGACUCCUUAAGGGUCCUCCAUAAAUAACAUGAAGUCCUCAAUAUCUGGGAUGGAAAGAGGAUAAUGAGACACUGCUAGAAGCUGUCAAUAGGAGAACAAAUAAGGAAUCCUCUGAAUCAGCAAUAACAUUCUCAUAUUGGUCAGGUAAUGAUGGGGAAAAUCAGAGAACUUUGAUUCUCCAUCUCACUAUCCCCAGAUUUUUGACCAAAAUAUAAUAACCCUGGGUUUCCUAAGAAUUUUUCCAGGGGAUCAAAAUCUCUGGAAGGCCUUAACCUAGAAAGGCUUCAAGUAUGCCCCAGAGACAGGCUUUCUGCCUAUUGUCCAAAGAUUUCUCUAGCUGAACUCAGAGAGGCUCAUCACCAGGUUGCAUUUAAGGUGAUGAACUUUUUGGCUAAGGCAAAUUUCGAAGCCUACUUGCUAAAUUGCAGCGAGGUCUGUAAUCCAUGUUUGUGGAGAUACUGAUGAGAUCACAAAUCCUUGAAUUACUGAAAAGAGAAUGUAAGUCAUAAUUCAACUAGGGUGAAAGAAAGAAAGGGAUACUUGGCAGAUGGAAUAAAUAGGACUAAAAUGAGAUUAGAAACUGUGAGAUUAGAAUUGUGAGUUGAGGAGGAGUAUGGGGGGGGAUUGUACUGUGACUCAAUGGGAACACUUAAGGUCACGGGAGAGAAAGAUUCAGGAACCACUAGGAGGAAUUAGAGAGAACUGGAAACUACUGGGAAAGAAUUUAGAAGAACUGGGGUCAGGAUGAGGGAUUAUCUUUCAGAACCUAUUUCAGCUUCCUGAGAUUGUCGCAUGAUUGGUAGAGCCCCAAUCCCACCCCACUCCUUACCAUCACAGACACCUGCUGCCUGUAAAUCCUCCCUCUCCGGGGAACAAGAGUCCUUCCCCUGCUCAUUUCCUCGAUUAAAGGUGAUUUGUACAAA